AGUUCCACUAAAAUUUGGUUGAUGAGAAUUGAGAUUCCAAGUAGCGGACGACCACGGCGAAAAAGGCUUCAGCUUCGACGCCUUCGUCACUUCCAGUCACUCUCUCGGUCUCACUGUAAGCGCUCGCAAAUGGAGGAACAAAACGGGACGGAGAAUCCCAACGGCGAAGAAACCCACUGUCACCGCCGAGAGCUGCAGGAGGGGGAGACCUUGUACAGCGUUUUCCACCAUCUGCUGUCUGCGAUUUUCUUCCCUGACGUACAAGGUGAACGAGCUCCGCUGCUGCACCGGAUCAAGGCCUCUGUGGCCGAUAACGCCCCUCUCCUCCGCGAAGCUUCUGGAAACACUGGGCGGAACGUCCUUCUCUGGACUCGUAGGGGCAGUCCUUUCCGUGCCCUCCUCGUCAUCUCUGUUGGGACGAUCACACUUCUUACUUUGACAGGGUUGCUUGUCUUCAUGCUUUUCUUUCUGGCUGCAACCAUCAAUGCUAUUAUCAUAUCUCUUCUGGUGUCUUUGGCAGCAGCAGGUGGCUUCUUGGCCUUUUUCUUCACCUGUGUAACAUUCAUAUACAUUGGAGCACUAUCGGUUGCUGUCUUUGUUAUUUCCUGUGCCACAAUUUCAGCAAUUGUUGCUUCUCUGAUAGCUACAGGUUGGAUCGGAUUUUUCUUUGCUCUGUGGCUGGCAACAAAGAAAAGCCUGGGCCUUGCUAAGCACUCAUUGACCAUGACUGGUUCAGUACUCUCAGCUUACUCUUCUGCCAGGCGUUCUCGGCGCCAUCGACAAGUAAAGAAGGUUUCAGAUUGAGAAGUUACUGCAAAUAGAAGUCCACGUGCGUAAAAAACUCUACUCCUGUUGCCUUGUUAGAUGGUUAUGCUUGCACAAUCUUUUUGAGACAUGGCUGUUAUUAUAAUGUUGUGGCUAAAUAUCGUUGCUUGUCUGCGUUUUGAAAGGAUUGAUCCCUUUUCAAUGCCUUUUUUAAUUUAUAAAUAUUCCCUUUUCAAUACUUGGAGCCAAUACUAGUUAAAGUGGUCUUCAUAUUUAUUUGUAUUCAGGGUUUGCAGUUUGCCCGUCCAUUUGAUAAAAAAAAAAAAAGGGAUUCUCACAUUUAA